GUUCCGGUCGGCGUGGCGGUGGCAUGGCGGGCACCGAGUUACGGGCGGCGCUGGAGCAGCGGCUUGGCGCUCUCGCCAUCCCCACAGAGGUCGUGGAGCAUCCCGAGGUGUUUACAGUUGAAGAAAUGAUGCCUCACAUCCAACAUUUGAAAGGAGCUCAUAGUAAGAACUUAUUUCUUAAAGACAAAAAGAAAAAAAGCUAUUGGCUGGUGACAGUUCUUCAUGAUAGACAAAUUAAUUUAAAUGAUCUUUCCAAGCAGUUAGGUGUUGGGAGUGGAAAUCUGCGGUUUGCUGAUGAAACAGCUAUGCUAGAAAAACUAAAAGUUGGUCAAGGCUGUGCCACACCCCUGGCACUCUUCUGUGAUGAUGGAGAUGUGAAAUUUGUUCUGGAUUCUGCUUUUCUGGAAGGUGGACAUGAAAAGGUGUACUUUCACCCAAUGACUAACAAUGCAACCAUGGGACUGAGCCCUGAAGACUUUCUCACAUUUGUGAAGACAACAGGACAUGAUCCCAUAAUAUUGAACUUUGAUUAACUUUUUGGGUUAAGGUGGUUCACAUGUGUAAUCCUAAGACAGCCUGGGUAUGAUAGUCCAUGAGAUUCUUCAAUAAAUUUCUCCCCCAGAAAGCUGAACAAAGAGCUGUUGCUCAAAUGAGAGAGUACUAGUAGCUUUGACCACAAAAGUUCAGGGACAGUGCCCAUGCCCCAAUUUCAAGCCCCAGGAC